CCUCCAUGGCUCCAUUUCAAGCUCCGGUCGCUAAUAAUUCCAGGCGACAUGCCUUGGCCUGCACACGUGAUGCACUGUGGGGGGGGGGUGCUGUCCAAACCAGCGCGCUGCGCGGCCCGCGAUCUUAGGCGACUGAGUCCGCUGUUUUGCCGGUGGUAUUGCCCCCCCACCACGCGGUUGAUUGGGCGACGGGCUUGAUGAUCAAAGCACCGCGAAUGAGGGUCGAUGGGAUAAUUUCUCUUUCCAAACCUCAUUACAGUCUUGACAUUUUGCUGCCUAAUAACCUUUACUAGGCUUCGACCAUAAACUUUGUCUUAAGUCGGCGCAUCGGUAUUCCCGUCAAUUUUCAUCUUUGGCAAACGAUUCGACAAGCUCCCCUUCCCGCUGUUUACACCCCAAGACUUCACCAUGGGCGAGUCACGUCAAGAACUUGUGCAAUGGCUGAACAGCCUGCUUCAGCUCAAUAUCACCAAGGUCGAGCAGUGCGGCACUGGUGCUGCCCUCUGCCAGGUCUUUGACAGCAUCUACAUGGACGUUCCCAUGUCGAGGGUCAAGUUCAAUGUGAAUAGCGAGUAUGCGUACAUUCAAAACUUCAAGGUCCUGCAGAACACGUUUGCGAAGAAGCAGAUCGACAAGCCCAUCCCCGUCGAGCAGUUGGUCAAAUGCAAGAUGCAGGACAAUCUCGAGUUCUUGCAGUGGACAAAGAAAUUCUGGGACUUGAACUUCCCCGACCACGACUACGAUGCCGUCGCGCGCAGAAAGGGAGCCGCUGUCCCGUCCGGAGGUGCAGGUGCCCCUAGAACUGCGACUGCCAGUGCGGGCGCGAGACGGGGGGGAGUCACUCCCAGCGGCGGCGCUAGGGUGGCCAAGGCUGCUGGACCAGGCACCGCCGCCCUGCAAAGCGAGAACGCCACGCUCAAGGAAACCGUCGGCGGUCUCGAGCGAGAGCGCGACUUCUAUUUCAGCAAACUGAGGGACAUUGAGCUGCUGAUUCAACAAGCUGUUGAGGAGGACCCCGAGCUUGAGAAGCAAGAAGACGGCUUGGUAAAGAACAUUCAGACCAUCCUCUACUCGACAGAAGAGGGCUUCGAGAUCCCCGCCGAGGGCGACGCUGUGAGCGACCAGGAGACAUUUUGAGGGACGGGAGGCAUGGCGUGACCUGUCCACGUUUGUCCCGCGGGGGAAAAGUGAAGCGUUCAGCCUUCGGUUCCUGUCAGAGUUGCAGAAAGGAAGCGAGCGAUUGCAUAGAUGUGGGCCAACCUGAAGACAUGCAGCUGUCAAGGGUCAAAACACGACGCGGAAACGAAUUAUAUGACGAAGAGUAAUGAUGUCUCGUACUUGAAUAACCUCAAUCCAGUACUCCAACCGCUAGCGUGAUGUCGAAUGUACAGCCAAGACCGUGACGCUUCAGUGUUGGUCCACAGCAGUGAUGACGUCUUGACCUGAGCUUGAGGUUUGAGCGACGUUGUACGAGCCUUCGUACAAGUCGGACAAGAAAUGAUUCAUAUUGUGAAGAGUGUUUUCGCAAGU